AUGAAAUUUUCCAAAACAAAUUUAAUGAGAAUAACAACAAAAUAUCUUAAUUCAGCAACAAUCGGAGAAUCAAAAAACAACAAUUCUUUAAAUAAAUCUUUUUCAAAAAUUGUUUCUUAUUAUGAACAAUUUAUUGGACUUUCUGAAGUUCAAAAAGCUAGAAAUGAAGUUAAUCAAUGUGAAAGUAAUUUAUUCCAAGCCCAACAGGACAGAAGAGAAAAACAAUCAGAAAUCAGACUUGUACAGAAUAAAUUAAAAGAAAUACACAGCGAACUUGACAGGACAUUGAGAGGGGAAGACAAAUAUUUACGUCUAAUAACUGAAGAACAUGCUGCAAUUAAAAAAGAAAGGGAAAUGAUGAAUAUUUAUGAGGAAUUGGAAACUAGGGAGAGGGAGGCUUUUAAUGUUUUGUCUAAUAAGGUUUGGGGAAUUUUUUUUAAAUAA